CAUCUCUUUGGGUCUCUUACAGUACUUUCCCUGAAUCUUGUGAAGUUGUGAGAGAUGAAAUUGUAUCGGAGAGUCUCGUUUGAUUUUUUUUCUCUGGCACAGUGGUUAUCGCUGGUGAAUUUUAGGUGGUUGUCGUUGGCCAUCUUGAAAUUGGUGAGUAUUAGGUCGAUUUUGUUUUUUACUUGUUGGGUUCAAUUCCGUGUUUCAAUUCUUAUGUCUGCUUCAGGGUGGUUGUUAUUUGUUAAUGGGUUAUCAGAAAUUGAGAAUCUUUAUAUAUAUAUUUGGACAUAGGAGUUUGUUAAUAAGGGGCUUAGCUUUUGAAAGAUUAUGAUGUCUUGGGAAGCCGAUUACUUAUGGUUACUAUCCCAAAAUUCAAUUUUUUUGUUUUGUUUUGUCCAUUGCAAUUGAAAAGUUUGAUAUAUUCAGUAAAACUUGGUUUGAUUUUGAGUAGUUUGGCUGCUGCAAAAUGUUUUCAUGAGGCAAUCAUUACUGGCUUUAUCUCAGUGUCUCUACUCCUUUGUUUGACUGUGCCCUCUGAAAGAGAACGUGAAACAUUUUCUUACCUAUGUAAGGAGUUAAUUUCGCAUUGCAUUCCCUAGUGCUUGCUCUCUGGUUCAUGGACCCUAAUGGUGUCAACUCAGUUAUAGACUUCAUCAAUGGUUGGUUUUUGCAGUGAAAUAAUACUCUUAAAUAACUCCUUUGGAUUCUGGUCAAGAAUCUAGAUAUGACCACAACUUGUGGUCCACAAGUAUCCAAAAGCAUUCUGAUAUCAAUCUAUAUUACUUAAAAGACUCAAGAUUCCUUCAUAUCAGAUACUUCCAAAAACUAUGGUAUAUUUUAAGUAAUGAGCAUAAACACUAUCAUAGAUCAUACAUAUCUUCGUAGAUUUCUUUGGGACAAUAAUACUCUGGUUUCAUUUACCUUCUCACUUUGAGCAACAAUGGCAGCACUCAUCGUUGACUUUCAAAACUGCUUCUUCCUAAUCCUCUUAUGCCUCUUCUCACUCCUCUGCUACUUUUUCAUCUUCAAGAAACCUAAGUACUCACGUCUUGUCGCCUAUGGCUGUGAUUUGCCUCCAAGCCCUCCAUCACUUCCGAUCAUAGGCCAUUCUCACCUUCUCCUCUCUUCCCUAGCUCACAAAUCUUUACAGAAACUCUCAUCCAAGUAUGGACCUCUCCUCCAUCUCCGCGUCUUCAACUUCCCUGUAGUCCUUGUCUCCUCGUCCUCCAUGGCCUACGAGAUCUUUAAGGCUCAUGACUUGAACAUCUCGUCUCGCGACAACCCCUCAGUCGACGAUUCCAUCUUGAUUGGAACUUCUGUCUUUGGUAGUGCUCCUUAUGGAGAUUAUUUUAAGUACAUGAAGAAGCUCCUGGUUACUAAGCUGCUCGGACCACAGGCACUUGAGCGGUCACGAGGCAUCCGUGCGAGAGAGCUAGAGCGGUUUCAUUCAAACCUUCUUGAUAAGGCGAUGAAGAAGGAGAGUGUUGAGAUUGGUAAGGAAGCAACAAAGCUCAUUAACAACAGCCUCUGGAGGAUGAGCAUGGGGAGAAUUUUUUCAGAGGAGAAUGAUGAGGCUGAGAGAAUCAGGGUAUUGGUUACUGAGUUAGAUGGCUUGACAAAAAAGGUUUUGUUUGCAACUUUGCUGCGCAAGCCCCUUGAGAAGCUUGGAAUCUCUUUGUUUAAAAAGGAGAUCCUGUAUGUUUCCAACAGCUUUGACGAGGUACUGGAGAGGGUUCUUGCGGAACAUGAACAGAAACUAGAUGAGCAUCAAGAUAGGGACAUGGUGGACGUGUUGUUGGCAGCUUAUGGAGAUGAGAACGCAGAGCAUAAGAUUUCCAGGAACCACAUCAAGGCGUUUUUCGUGGAGCUUUUAUUUGCAGGUACUGACACCUCAGCACAAUCAAUUCAGUGGACAAUGGCAGAGAUCAUUAACAACCCCAACAUUCUUGGGAGAUUGAGAGAAGAAAUCGAUUAUGUGGUAGGGAAGACAAGGUUGAUUCAAGAAAUUGAUCUACCAAAGCUCCCCUAUUUGCAAGCGGUGGUUAAGGAAGGAUUGAGAUUGCACCCGCCAUUGCCUCUCUUUGUAAGGACGUUCCAAGAAGGAUGUAAGAUUGGAGGUUUCUACGUACCAGAAAAGACAACACUUGUUGGUAAUGCGUAUGUUAUGAUGAGAGAUCCGAAUGUUUGGGAAGACCCUGAGGAGUGUAAACCAGGGAGGUUUCUACCUUCUUCAAGAUUAGGGCAAGAAGAUGAAAGACGAGAGCAAGCGCUUAAGUACAUUCCUUUCGGUAGUGGAAGGAGAGGCUGUCCUGGCUCAAAUCUGGGUUAUAUCUUUAUUGAAACCGCAGUUGGAUUGAUGGUGCAAUGCUUUGACUGGAGGAUCAAAGGAGACAAGGUUAACAUGGAUGAGGCUGGAGGACUAAACUUGUCCAUGGCUCAUCCUCUGAAGUGCACUCCUGUUCCUCGAAACUAGCCUUUACUUGGUAAGCUGCAGAUGUCAAGUUCGUAAUUUAAUCAGAUGUCUCUGAACUCGCAGACUAAUAAGGGCAUGAGUUUUGGUAAGGAAAAGUUGCUCUAAGCUGUUAUUGUUUCAGUUUAGUAUCGGUUUGUUUAAUUUCCUGUUUUAUUUGAUAAUCAUGCUUUAGUAUAUGGAACUAUGAAUUGUAUGUACAUGAUUUUGUUUCCAUUUUCUGAAUAUAAAUCAAUUUGAAACGUGUC